GCUGGAAGCUUCCGCACUGAGGCAGUGGGUACCAAGGAGCUCACAUCAGCAAUGGAGUCUUACGUUCUGUUCCUGCUGUGUAUAGCAUGUACCAUGGGGUUCCCUGCUGGGAUACUGACUGACACAGAGAAGCACAAUGAAGCAUUUGCUAAGGAGUACUUGAAAAAAUUCUACAGGUUUGAGGGGGAGGGGACCAGCCGCAGUGCAUUGUUGGAUAAAAUUCAAAAGAUGCAGAACUUUUUUGGAUUGGAGGUCACGGCAAGACUGAAUGAAGAGACCAUAGACGUAAUGAAACAACCUCGGUGCGGGGUUCCUGAUAUUGCCCGUUUCAGCACCUUCUCAGGAAAUGCAGUGUGGAAGAAAAAGGACCUGACAUACAGAAUUCUGAAUUACACCCCAGAUAUGACCAGAAAUGAUGUGGACCGGGCCAUUGAGAAGGCUUUCAAGGUCUGGAGUGAUGUCGUCCCUCUCACCUUUACCAGAAUCUAUGACAGAGUCUCUGAUAUUGAGAUGCUGUUUGCAUAUAGAGAUCAUAAAGAUUCUCUGCCUUUUGAUGGCCCAUCUGGCAUUCUGGCCCAUGCAUUUGCUCCUGGAGAUAACAUUGGGGGGGACGUACAUUUUGAUGAAGACGAGAAAUGGACAAGUGGAUCAGCCGGUACUAACUUGUUCCUUGUGGCUGCUCAUGAACUUGGCCAUUCCCUUGGGCUCGACCAUUCUAAUGACCCUAAUGCCCUUAUGUACCCAACCUACCAUUAUAUCAAUCCCAAUACAUUCCAGCUUCCUCAGGAUGAUAUCAAUGGAAUUCACUCACUGUAUGGAACAAAAGAAAAUCCAAUCAUCCCAAUAAUAAACUGUCAGGAACAAAUUUCUUUUGACGCGGUCACAACCCUGCGUGGGGACAUUCUAUUUUUCAAGAACAGAUCCUUUUGGCGCAAGACAGCCGGUAAAUCAGAAAUCGAGCAACAUGAGAUCAGUUCCUUCUGGCCUUCCCUUCCAGCUGACUUUGACGCAGCCUAUGAAAAUCAGAAAAAGGAUCAGGUUCUUCUCUUUAAAGGAACAAAAUACUGGGUUCUACGAGGCUAUACAAUUCAAGAGGGAUUCCCUAAGAACAUCUACGAACUUGGGUUUCCCUUGACUGUAACGCAAAUUGAUGCAGCCGUCCACGAUGAUGAAACAGGGAGAACCUACUUCUUUAUUAAUGAUCGGUAUUGGAGUUAUAAUGAAGAAACAUCACAGAUGGAUAAAGAAUCUCCUCAGAGGAUCAGUAAAGGUUUCCCAGGUGUUGGAAACAAGGUGGAGGCAGCAUUUCGAUCAAAUGGAAUGCUCUAUUUGUUCAGUGGGAACCAGCAGUAUGAAUUCAGCACGACAAACAGGAAAGUCACUCGCCUGCUAAAGUACACCAGUUGGCUGAACUGCUAACCCAGAAACCCCAGCAGCGAUAGGAGUUACCAAAUGAACACAAGUUCAAUAACAACUGUAUUUAUUUUUUUACAUCUAACUUAUUUUAUAAUUUAUAGAAAUAUAUAUUGUAUAUUAUCUUCUUGUAUGUAACUUAUUUAAUAUACAUUGAUGUAAAACAUAUUUCAUAAUAAAUAUACUGAUUUUUCAAUGCA